AUGAACGUUGUACCAUUCACACAACAAAUCUACCCAGGCAAAGAAGCAACGGAUCUAGUGGGAUACGAUGGCAUGUCACCAGGCCCUACAUUCUUGAUUGAAAGGGGCCAAGAGACUGUUGUUCGGUUUAUCAAUAACUCGACAAAUCCAAGUGCCGUACACGUGCAUGGAAGUCCAACAAGGGCACCUUGGGAUGGCUGGGCCGAGGAUACUUUCCUGCCCAAUCAGUACAAAGAUUAUUACUACCCCAAUUUCCAGGCUGCCCGUACGAUAUGGUAUCACGACCACGCCGUGGACAUCACCUCGGUCAAUGCGUAUUUCGGACAGGCCGGCGCCUACAUCAUCCACGACGAUGCCGAGGACGCCCUGGGUUUGCCGACGGGCUACGGCACGUACGACCUUCCAAUGAUCCUCAUGUCCAAGGAGUACCAGUCCAACGGGCAGCUGGUCAGCCCGGCAGGCAACACGGUGAGCCUGUACGGCGACGUGAUCCACGUCAACGGGCAGCCGUGGCCGUACCACAAUGUCGAGCCGCGGCGGUACCGGUUCCGCGUCGUCAACGCGGCCAUUUCGCGCGCCUUUGACAUAUACUUUGUGACGCAAAACGACACGACGACUCGCAUCCCGUUCCAGGUCGUCGGCUCCGACUCGGGCCUCUUGUCGAACCCCGUGCAGACCGACAGCCUGCACGUCGGCAUGGGCGAGCGCUGGGAUGUGGUCUUUGACUUUGCCGGCUACGCGGGCCAAAACGUCACCAUGCGCAACCAGGACAACGUGGGCGGUGACGCGACCUACAUCCACACGGACAAGGUGAUGCGCUUCGUCGUGUCCGACGACAGCGUGGACGACUCCUCAACGAUACCCGACGUCCUGGCCGACCUGCCCACACUCCCCGAAAAGGAUACACCCGCGCACACUUUUGAGUUUGCCGUGAGCGCCGACAACAACUGGCUCAUUAACGGUGUCGGUUUUGAUGAUGUGGCGCACCGCGUCCUCGCCAAACCGCCCCGGGGCACCGUCCAGCUGUGGGAGCUCAAGAACGGCGCCGGCGGCUUACUGCAUCCCGUCCACGUACACCUCGUCGACUUCAAGGUGAUCUCGCGGACAGGAGGCCAAAACCGAGGCGUGCAAGAAUAUGAGAAAAAGGGCUACAAGGAUGUCGUCUGGGUCGACCGCGACGAGACCGUCACCGUUGAGGCUUGGUUUGCCCCGUGGGAUGGUGUCUACAUGUUCCACUGCCACAACCUUGUACAUGAGGACCACUACAUGAUGGAUGUGUUCAAUGUUACCCAGAUUGCAGAUUUGGGCUACAACGAGACAGAGUUCAACGACCCCAUGGAGCCGAGAUGGCGUGCCAAGCCGGCCGAUAGUGCUGACUUUACUCCCGAGGCCAUCACAGCCACAGUACAGGCCAUGGCUCUGCUAAAACCUUACAGCGACUGGAAAGAGGUGGAGGAGAAGCUCAAGGAAUACUGGGCUGCCCACGGUGGUGAGAAGAAGAAGAAGGCGAGAACAGUGAGACGACACAUCUGA